AAUUGUGACUGCCUAGUGGACAUUAAGCCGAUAAGCGGUCAAAUGACUAACAUUAAAUAUGCUGAUUGAAUAAAUAUGCUAUCAUCCGUAAUGUGACGAUAGUGUAUUCCGGUUGUCUAGCAUAAUCGACAAAAUAUAAAAUUUUAUUCCGAAUAUAUAAAUAAUAAAUGUACACGUGAUAAACCAAAACUAAAAGUUAAUUUUUACUUUGAGUUAUUAGUAUAUGAUGUACUCUCAUCAUAAAGAUAUACUGAUAUAUCAAUAACCAAGUAAUCAAGAGAACGUGUCUGUACAACUUACUAUAUACAAGCAUACACAUAACUUAACAACAUGGAAUACCUCAAGUUCAAAUCAGGAACAGGUAGCAUACCAAUCGUUGGAUACGGUACCUGGCAGGCAAAAGAUAAUGAACUUAAAACAGCUCUAAAUGAAGCAUUAAAAGCUGGUUAUCGGCACAUCGAUACUGCUACCGCAUACGGUAAUGAGCAGGUUAUUGGUGAAGUGUUAAAAGAAUGGUUUGAAUCUGGUAAAAUCAGCAGAGAAGAUGUUUUUAUUACUUCUAAGCUUCCAUCGUUUUUUAAUCGACCUGAAGACUUGGAAAAAACGAUAGAAAAAAGUUUAAAAGAUUUGCAGUUGGACUAUCUUGACCUAUACUUAAUUCAUGUUCCAUACAGUUUGAUAAGUAAAGUUCCUGGCGACUACACAACAAUGGAAUUGGAUACCUCAACAGAUCAUAUUAAAAUAUGGAAGUCUAUGGAAGAACAAAUAGACAAAGGACGUGCAAAAGCUAUUGGAGUAUCAAACUUCAAUAUCAAGCAGUUGAAAAGAGUUUUAGACAACAGUAGAAUAAAACCAGAUAAUCUUCAGAUCGAACACCAUUUAUAUCUUCAGCAGCCUGAACUAAUUGCUUUUUGUAAAGAAAACAAUGUUACUGUCACAGCAUAUUCGUGUUUAGGUACUCGAGCUUACCGAGAAUCAUUGGGACUUACACUUAAGCACCCUGAGCUUAUGGAAAAUGAAACUGUACUGAAGGUAGCAGAAAAACACAAUAGGACUCCUGCACAAAUUCUGUUACGUCACAUUGUUCAGAAAGGCAUAAUAGUUAUACCAAAGAGUACGAACCCUCAACGUUUAACAGCAAAUAUACAAGUAUUUGACUUUAAAUUGAGCGAUGAUGAAAUGGAAGCUUUGAAUGCGGAAGAUCAGGGAGAAAAUGGACGUAUAUUGAAAUUCACCUUUAGAAAUAACAUUCAAAAUCAUCCAGAAUAUCCGUUUCCGAGAGAUAAAUGAACUUAUGUUUUUCAAGAAUGAAUAUGUAUUGGCUCUUUUUUAUAUUAAAUAUGUUACUAAUAACAAUUUGAAGAUCUAUUUGAAAUCUUGUCACUAAUUAGUAAUUAUUUAUUCUCACAAGUCAGCACUUUUUAAAGGAAAAGGAACAGUUUUUAUAGAGUAAUUAUUCAUAUAUGUUAUGUAUACUAUUUUUGGUAUAAAUUUAUUUUUUAAUAAAGAAAUAAUUUCAAGGUAUAUUUUUUAAU